UUUGAAUAUGAAUAUGUAGGGGGUUGGAGAACAUUGACUGGUUGAGGAGCUGGAUUGUCCUGCAGGGCGCAUUAUGUCUUUCAUUAGUCUCAUUGCAGGGGGAGGGGAGUGCAAGUGCAGAAAAGAGGGGAUUUAACAUUCAACCAGUCCAGCAGGCACUCAAAUAACAUGCAAAUGGAGAAAAACGAGAGUCACAUUUACCUGAUGACAAUAAUGAGAUCAGGUCUUACCCAAAGCAGAGGUGAGGAAGAGGAGGAAGAGCAGAGGAGAGAGGCGAGUCGUUUGUUUAGUUUGUGUCCUGCUGGGAAGAAGUUCCGCAGCAAGCCUCAGCUAGUGCGUUACCUAGGCAACUCCAUGGACCUCAGCUCGUUUGAUUUUCGCACCGGAAAGAUGCUUAUGAGUAAACUGAACAAGAACAGGCAGCGGCUCCGCUAUGACAUCAACAGUCAAACAAAGGGCAAACCAGACCUAAACACAUCUCUCCCAGUGCGACAGACUGCGUCUAUCUUCAAGCAACCAGUAACGAAAGUCACCAACCACCCGAGCAACAAAGUCAAAACAGACCCACAGAAAGCCGUCGACCAGCCAAGACAGCUGUUUUGGGAGAAGAAGCUGAGUGGCCUUAAUGCUUAUGACAUUGCUGAGGAGCUGGUAAAGACCAUGGACCUCCCAAAAGGUUUACAGGGUGUUGGUCCUGGAUGCACAGAUAGGACACUGCUGUCUGCCAUUGCCAGCGCUCUGCACACCAGUUCUGCUCCCAUCACUGGCCAGCUGUCUGCAGCUGUGGAGAAAAACCCUGGAGUAUGGCUAAACACGGCCCAGCCACUCUGUAAAGCCUUCAUCGUUACAGACGAGGACAUCAGGAAACAGGAGGAGCUUGUGUACAAUGUGAGGAAGCGGUUGGAGGAGGCUCUUAUGGCCGAUAUGUUGGCUCAUGUAGAGGAGGCAUCCAGCGGGGGAGAGGUGAUUAAGGAUGAGGGAAACGGCCAUGAUGAUAAAGAGGAUGUAUAGCAAAGGUCCGCUAUAUGCAUCUGAACUACCUGUAUACAGGUUUACCAACUGUAUCAUCUAACCCGGACCAGAACUUCGCACUCCAUCAGAUCAGCUCAACACCUUUACCAAGAUGCUGUAGUCCUGCUCUGAAGGACACUGAUCUAAACCCACUGGUUGGGAUUUCUUUUGAAGACUUUUUUUCUUUUGUCUGUUUGUUUUAGCCAUCGUUCUUUGUUAAUAUGUAUGUUUUUAUUGUGUAGUUGAACAAAUCAUUUGCAGAUUUUUGUUGAAAUUGGCACAUACAACCUUGUUUUUUUGAGAGUCUAUGGAAGUGGUAUAACAAUCAAUUGAAACAUAAAUCAUCCAGUCUAAUUGAGCAUACGUUCGAGGAUUUAAUCAAACUGCUGAGACUUUAAAACCACAGAAGAGUGCAGUGCAAUAUACAGCAUUGUUGAAGGACACAUGUGAAACUGCAAAUUUCUUAAAAGUUCGCACAAACCAAAUUGCACAUAAAAUAUAAGAUGGUAAAGGUUCAGCAUUGUUGGGCAAGUUUACAGUUUCUCAAAACUCAAAUUUAUAUUAGUAAAAUGAUCAGUUCAGUAUUACACAUUAAUUGCUUCGAUUUGGUUUGUUCUUAACUGCCACAGAGUUAUUUGUAGAUUUGCAGUUUGUUAGUGUAUUUACAUUAUUAGGUGAUCUUAAAGCUGCAGUACAUAACUUUUUUUUUUCAAUCUGUAGUAGUUGCAUUAUUGAGUUACUGGGGAAAAACUAUAACAUGGUGUUCUUUUGGUGCUGCAAGUUACCCUGAUUAAAUCUUAGUUAAAAGUCAGAGUUGUCAGAUUUGUCAGAGUUUUUAGGCUUAUUUGCAUUGUGGUGAUUUAGAAUUGUGUUGACUUAAAAUGCUGGACCAGCAUCAGAUUCGACUUGAAAUUACAGUAAAGAUGUCUGUAUUGGAUUAACAUAAUAUUGGUAACCUUUAAUAUUAUAGAACCUUUAAUAUUGAAAUUGAAAAUGGGGCAAAACAGGAUUGGAACAUCCGUGCUUAAAUCAAAUGGCUGCCAGUCAUUUGUGUGGUGCUUAAUUGUGUUAUGUGAUCGACCAGAGGAAUCUUUGAAUAUGUAAAUAUCCAAAAUGUUUUUAAUUUUUUAAUGCAGCUAACAUAAAAACAACUUUAAUCUAAAGUGCGAAUAUUAGGCAAAAGUCUUGGUUAACUAUGUUUAGUUUGAUUAAAAUACUACUUUAAAGCAGCAAUAUGUUACUCCUGAGCUAAUGUGUAUUGAAGAAAUAUUUUCUUACAAGCAUCAGUUGUCCAACACAGACUAAUAAUAUCAGUAAUAUUUAAGGUGGGACAUAAUUCAUUGUAACAACUGAGUCUAAACAAUUACACCAAAUCUGACCCUGACGCUCUUGACUGAAUAAAUAUUUUCAGUUUUUCCAGAGAAACAAACAGUUGUUUUGUUUCCAUAGUGCAUCUUUAAAUAAUAUUCUUUUAUGCUGUUCAUAAAGUUUUGAAUGAAUGCACAUUGCUCGAUUGUAACUGUUUUUGUGUCUGCGUGUGUGCGUGUUAAUUGUACGGUUAUAAAUCAACAUGUCAGCUGUUCAGUUUAUUACGACAUUUUACAAAGUAAAGUGUUUCUGUACGUUUAA